UUGGGAGUGGAAAAACUUAGCAAAGAUGAUGUUCAGAAGAUGCAAUGGGAAGUUCUGGAAGCUAAAAUUGGAAAUUGGAUUCAUUUUAUGCGGAUUGCUGUCAAAUUGUUGUUUUCUGGGGAGCAUAAAGUGUGUGAUCAAAUAUUUGAGGGAUUUGAUUCACUCAAGGAUCAAUGUUUUGCUGAAGUUACUACCACAAGUGUCGCCAUGCUGCUUAGUUUUGGUGAUGCAAUUGCAAAAAGCAAAAGAUCACCUGAGAAGUUGUUUGUGCUUCUAGAUAUGUAUGAAAUAAUGCGGGAACUUCAUUCAGAGAUUGAAUCACUUUUCAUAGGUAAAGCUUGCAAUGAAAUUAGGGAAUCUGCCUUUGGUUUGACAAAGCGACUUGCCCAGACAGCCCAGGAAACCUUUAGUGACUUUGAAGAAGCAGUUGAGAAGGAUGCAACUAAAACUGCCGUCUCAGAUGGAACUGUUCAUCCCUUGACCAGCUAUGUGAUUAAUUAUGUGAAGUUCCUGUUUGACUAUCAAUCAACAUUGAAGCAACUAUUCCAAGAAUUUGAAAAUGGAGGAGAUUCAAAUUCACAGCUAGCUGCUGUUACUAUGCGUAUAAUGCAGGCUCUUCAAACCAAUUUAGACGGGAAAUCUAAGCAGUAUAAGGAUCCUGCUCUGACUCACUUGUUCCUUAUGAACAAUAUUCACUAUAUGGUCAGAUCUGUGCGCAGGUCUGAAGCCAAAGAUUUAUUAGGGGAUGACUGGGUGCAAAGACACCGGAGAGUUGUACAACAACAUGCAAAUCAAUAUAAAAGAAUUGCUUGGGCAAAGAUCCUUCAAUGCCUAUCAAUUCAAGGGCUAACAUCAUCUGGAGGCAGUAACUCUGGUAGUGUUGAUGGACAGAAUAGUAGUGGAGUUUCAAGAUCGAUUGUGAAAGACAGGUUUAAGACAUUCAAUGUGCAGUUCGAAGAGCUUCAUCAAAGGCAAACUCAAUGGACUGUUCCAGAUACUGAGUUGCGAGAGUCAUUGAGGCUUGCGGUUGCUGAAGUUUUGCUGCCUGCAUACAGAUCUUUCAUUAAACGCUUUGGGCCUUUGGUUGAGAGUGGUAAAAACUCCCAAAAGUACAUCAGAUAUUCAGCUGAAGAUCUUGACCGCAUGCUUGGUGAAUUCUUUGAGGGUAAGACGUUAAAUGAGCCCAAACGGUGAACCUCAGCUAGUCACUUUUGAGGUCAGCUACGCUCUCUGCACUAUCCUCUCCUCUGCCAUUUGCUGAUAUAGUUGCUACAUGGUUGAGUUCCUGCACCAAAUUGGUGCAGCAUUCUGGUUCUCCAUUCACUACUCUAUGUUCAGGAUCUACAGGAUUUGCAAUAAAAAGUGAAAAAUAAAAAGAGCAAGCUGUAUAGAGAAGUUCACUUGUAUUUGGAUAUGGAACCUGUCCAAGUAAUAUGGUUUGUCAAAUCUUGUGUCCAAAAUGUCGCGCUUCUGUUAAGGUCGUGUUGUAGUCAGCAUAGCUUGUGUGGUUUUGUAUAGCAAAGCGUUUUGAUAUUCUCUCUUGGGAGCUCUUUUUUGGUCCUAAGGUUCAGAGUUUUCCUUGACAAGUCUAUAUUUGACAAUGAUUCAACAAUUUAAUGAUAAUGUUAGUAUUAUGCCAUUUAAUUACUCA